UUUAUGAAUGGCCCAUACUAAUCGAAUCUAGACAUCUUCAUUUCAAAAAAACCGCCCUCCAAAAAUUUUUGGUGGCAACUCUGUAGUAUUGCCACUCCAACAAAGUCAGCUAUUCGAGAGGCUUUGCUAUGUCGUUAAAUUGGCGCGAAAAAUUGGCGAACUUUACGUGCUUGUUGUUUUCUGUGAAAAAAAAGUUUAAUAAAUAUGAAAAUGGAAAUUCCUUGCAAAGGUAUUUAUUAAUGCAAAUUAGCUUAAACAUUUGAUUUUAUGUGUCUUGUUGUCCACCUGUGAACUGUUUUAUAUGUGUAUCUUUAUAGAUUUGAACUUACAAUUGUGUUUGUGUUUUGUGGAGUAUAACUUAUUAAUAGCACAGACUUGCAAAAGAGUAAGAACGAGAAAUUGAUUACAAAAGUGUCCUUAUUGUCAUACAACUAAUCGUUUUUGCUCAUUUUUGCUCCUUUUCGCUAAACUUGCGUUUAUGUAGAGACAUAUGUGUUUGGUCACGGGGCUCUUCUUGCAGUUUGGGAAAGCAACAAACGCUCGCGAGAAGCAUUGGAGACUUACAUAUUCGACAAAUUGAAUGCCGAUCAUCAAAAUGAAACAAUAAUAAAAACAAUAUCAACUAAAAUUACUAACUUUAUAAAUUACAUAAAUAAACAUUUGCCUCGAUGCUGCCGAAACAUAAAGCGAUUUAGACAAAAACACGCUAUGUGGCUAGCCGGUAAUAUGACUAUACUUUCUGAUAGAAAUGAAUCCCCACAGAAGAAAGGUGGUCGUCCAAAAUUGUCAUAUGAAGCUGCUGGUAAACGACUCAAAAUAAAGUUGGCAUCUGAACUUGCGGUAGAAAAUGAAAAUUCAACUCCUUUGUUACUACACGCUGCUAACAUUUCCGCCAGAAAAUCAACAGAAAAUGAAAUUAUUAAAAAAAGUGAUAGAACUGAAUCGCUGGCUCCGAGUCCAAUAACUUCUGAAAAGGCAUUCGCUUUUUUUAUGGAAAAUGGAUUUACUAAGCAGCAAUACAUAAAUGUAAAACAAAUUAGUAAACAACAUGGCUGCGAUAUUUACCCCCCUUAUUCGAAAAUAGCUGAGGAGAAAUUAAAAUGUAGACCUGCUGGAAUAGCAUGGACCGAAAAUGAAGCCAAAGUUUCCUUGCAAAACUUAUUGAACCAUACCGCUUCACGAAUAUUACUGAUGCAAAAGGAAGUUUGUGAAGUACUUUCAGAUGUUACUCAUUGUACUCUUAUUUUUAGCUACGGUUUUGAUGGGUCUACUGGUCACAGUUUAUACAAACAAAAAUUUAGCAUCGCAGAGGGUCAAUCUUUAGAUGAUUCUCUUUUUGUUACAUCAAUGACUCCUAUAAAAAUGAUAGAUCAGAAACAAAGGGUCAUUUGGUUAAAUAAAUCGCCUCAGUCCAUAAGAUUUUGCCGUCCUGUGAAAAUUGCUUACGUAAAAGAAACAACGUCUCUUAUAUUAAAAGAAAAUGAAAACUUGGACAAUCAGAUUAAAAACCUGGAUAUAUACGUGCAUCCUUAUCAAUCAGCCGAAAUUUUUGUAAAAUUUGAUGGGCACCUGACACUUAUAGACGGCAAGGUGUUAAAUAUAUUAACAGGAACGAAAUCCUGUCAGUUGUGUCCAAUGUGUGGGGCAAAGCCCACCCAGCUUCUUACUAUUACUGAUUUUAACUCCAAAACGUUUGAUAUGAAGCCACAUACGGAUCAAUAUGGAUUAAGUUCCCUUCAUGCGUGGAUCCGCUUUUUUGAAUUCUUGCUCAAAAUAUCGUACAGAAUUGAGCUUAGAAAGUGGCAUGUCAAGGGAAAUGACAAAAUCGAAUUGGAGGCACGUAAACAUAAAGUUCAAGCAGCGUUUUGGAAUGAUAUGGGGCUUCAUGUGGACAAGCCGAGACAAAACGGCAGUGGCAAUACAAAUGACGGAAAUACGGCGAGGCGGGCAUUCUCCAACCCAAAAUUAUUGUCCUCUAUAUUAGGAAUAGAUCACAGUUUGAUUCAGCGCCUACAUGUAAUUCUGAUCGCCAUAAAUUGUCAUUACCCUAUAAAUUCGGAAAAAUUCAAAAUAUUCUGUUCAGAAACUUUUUCUAUGUAUAUGGCUAAUUACUUUUGGUACCCCAUGUCGCCAACAGUGCACAAAGUUUUAGUACAUGGAUACAUAAUCAUUGAAAAAUCGAUUGUUCCUGUUGGCUCUUUAGCAGAAAGUGCAUCAGAAGCAAGACACAAACUUUUUAAGGCUGACAGAAAAGAUCAUGCCAGAAAAUGUAGCCGGGUUGACAAUAUGUCAGAUGUUUUUCACAGAGCUAUGGAUUCGUCUGAUCCCCUAUUAUCUAGUUUUUGCUCAACAAAAACCAACCGGAUGCCUCUGCCAGCAGAGGUUGUAGAUCUUUUGGAUUCGCCAAUCAUAUCCCCAGGCACAGAAGACACAGAUGAAGAAAAUUGUAACGAUGAUGUAAGUGACACUUUUGAAAUAGAAUUAGAGGAAGAGGUACCAGACGAUAUUGAAAACUAAAAAACAAGGAAAAAAUAAAAAGAUGUUCUUCAAAUGUAACAAUGGAUCCCAAAUAUGUUACCGGUUUUUUUCUAUAAUGUAACACCAAAUAGGAUUAAAAUUAUAAUUUAUAAUAAUUACUUAUU